AUGAACGCCAAUCCCAUCAGCAUGUCCAUCCGUACAGCCAUGUCCCUUGGCCGACUAAACCCCGCCGCGCCCGCCCUCGCCGGCGCCCUGCGUCCCCUCCAGACCACUCCCCGGAUGGCAUCCAAGCAGCUCACACGCCUUAGCUCCACGACAGCUCGCCCGGCCACAGCAAAACUGAACCUAGACUCCCGGCCACACGCCAAGGCCGCUUCGCCAUUACCCAUCGCUGUGCGCGCAAACUCGACCUCUGCACCUGCCAACGAAGUCAAGCUCGACUGGGACUCGUUCUUCAAGCUCCGCGCUUCCCGCCGCCGAUACUCCCUCGCCUCUUCAAUUGCCAGCUCCGCUGUCAGCACCGCCGUCGGCGUGCAGAUCCUGUCCGGUCAGGACCUUGAACAUCUCGGCGCUACGGUUAUGGGCCUCGACCCGUUUGUUGUCCUGGGAUUGGCGACCGCCGCAUGCGGUGCUGUCGGAUGGCUUCUUGGACCGGCUCUUGGAAAUGGCAUUUGGGGACUUGUGUACAGGAAGUACAAGCCUUCCGUCAAUACUAAGGAGAAGGAGUUCUUUGAUCGCAUUCGCCGGUUCCGUGUCGACCCCUCAACCAACUCCAUCUCGAACCCUGUUCCCGAUUACUACGGAGAGAAGAUUGGCAGCGUGGCGGGAUACCGAAACUGGCUGAAAGAUCAGAGGGCUUACAAUCGUAAGCGCCGUAACUUCAUCGCGUAA